GCCGUGUGGAAAAAUUGGGGGAAAAGAUAAGAAGUAACUUAGGGUGUUGUCUUCUUGAAACCGGUCAAAAACUGCAAGAUUUUCUCAAAUUUUGCAAAGCACACAAUCGAACAGUACCCCAUCGAGUUGAUUUAGCUGUGGAAGGAAAAUCUGAUGGAAACAAUGAUGUGGAUGUGAUAAAACGCGCCUGAAAGAAACACCGGUACGUCAGAUGAGGAACGGUGCUGUCUCUGCCCGUACCGUGAAGAGCUAAUGACAUCGGCGGCUGUGCGACACCUUUGCACCGUGUGAUGACGCGUUGAGCCCGCGGUGUGAGUCUCGCUUGGAAGCGCUGGGGUUUUUGUUCUCGGAGUCGCAGCUGAACACUUUUUAUUUUUUACUGGUGCUGCUGUAGUUGUUGAGCUGUGGCUGUGUGGACGUGUAAAGGAGAAAUACGAGGAAACAAGUGACAUAAUGGCCGAAAGCCCAACGGAGAAAACCCACAUCGCCAGUAAUGAGCUCCCAAUCCUUAAUUCAAUACAGAUGACCCCAGUGGCAACUCACGACACGGCCCAGCUGGUGGAGAAAGGGGCGGAGGCCGGCGGGGAGGACCUGGCCAAGGGACAGGAGGAUCGCAGCGGCAUCCCCGGGGCUAGCUUCAACGUGGCCAAUAGCAUCUUGGGAUCUGGAAUCAUAGGAUUGCCAUAUGCGAUGAAAAAGGCUGGCCUGCCGUUUGGUAUUCUCCUGCUGAUGCUGAUAGCCGGAGUGACAGAUUACUCCCUGUUGUUGUUGAUCCGCGGCGGGGAGCUGUCGGGAACCGACACCUACCAGGGCUUGGUGCAAGCCGCCCUGGGCAGCCCCGGCUUCUACUUCCUGUCCUUCAUCCAAUUUGCUUACCCAUUUGUUGCAAUGGUUGGCUACAACGUUAUCAUUGGAGACACGCUCACCAAGGUGUUUGAGAGAAUAUUAAGUGCUGACCAUGUUCUUGCCAAUCGCUAUUUCAUCAUCAGCAUCAUAACCGUGCUCAUCUCGCUCCCAUUCUCGCUAUACCGCAACGUCUCCAAGCUUGUCAAGGUGGCUGUUGUGUCUAUCGCACUACUAGGAGUACUUAUCGUAAUAAUCUAUAUUAGGGUGGGAACGCUGCACAUUCCGGAUACAGAAGGAGCUUGGAACUUUGCCAACUUCCAGUUUACCGAGUCCAUUGGAAUCAUAACAUUCGCCUACAUCUGCCACCACAAUUCCUUCCUGGUCUACACCUCGAUGGAGACGCCCACCCCUCACAGCUGGUCAAAGGUCACCCACAUAGCCGUCCUCCUGGCCACCAUCUUAUCUUGCUUGGUGGGCAUCGGGGGAUACGUGACCUUCACUGGAUACACCCAAGGUGACGUCCUGCAGAACUACUGUCAUGUAGAUGACCUUGCCAAUGUGGCUCGUGUGGUGUUUGCUGUCACCAUCGUCUGCACCUAUCCGCUAGAGUGCUUUGUCUGCAGGGAGGUUCUUGAGAAUUUCAUUGUCCACCACGGCUGGGCUAGCUCCCCUCAGCCCAUGACCCGCCAUCUCAUCCUGACGCUGGUUCUCGUUGGACUGACGCUGGGGCUGUCCAUGAGCACCUCGUGUCUGGGUAUCGUGUUGUCCAUCAACGGUAUCAUUGCGGCUGUUCCCUUAGUCUUCAUCCUCCCCACGCUGUGCUACAUCCGCCUGAAGGAAGGCCACUGGUACAGCCGGGAGAAGAUUCCUUCUAUUCUGAUCUGCGGGUUUGGCUUCCUGGUCUGCAUCUUUGGGAUCGUCACCAUCUGCAUAGACCCGUCCAGCUCCCGCUGCCACAGCAAGGACCUGGACUACUGCGUGGCGCUGAACAUGUCGUCGGAGGUACAACCGACGGGGAUGAGCGUGAUGACCGAGAUGUACGCAACUGCAACGUGAUGGACACAAGGGUCGUCGGAUACGUAGUGAAAAGUCAGUGUAGAAACCAGAGUUGCAGUCAAGUCCGUCACAUGUUCAUCAAAUGACACUCACAUGUCAAUCAUGAGUCAGUCACAUGUCAUACAGAAGUCAGUCACAUGUCAAUUGCAUGUCAGUCACAUGUAAGUCAUAUGGUUAUCACAUUGUAAUAACAUAUCAGCUACAAGUCAUUUAAAAGUCAACAUCGCAAGUGAGGUCACAAGUAACAGAAGAUGAAAAGGAAUGCCUUUGUUUCAUUACAAUCACAUGUCAAACAGAAGUCAGUCACAUGUCAAUUACACGUCAGUCAAAUGUCAAUUACAUGUCAGUCACAUGUGAAUUACAUGUCAGUCACAUGUGAAUUACAUGUCAAUUAUAUGUCAGUCACAUGUCAGUCACAUGUCAGUCACAUGUCAAUUAUAUGUCAGUCACAUGUCAAUUAUAUGUCAGUCACAUGUCAAUAACAUGUCAGUCACAUGUCAAUUACAUGUCAGUCACAUGUUAGCCAUAAGUUACGAGUCACUCCACUACUUAAGUCAAACCACAAGGUGAACAAUAACAAAGGAGUACCUCUGUUUUAGUGCAUUUGACUUAAAACUAAUCGAAUGAUAAUUCAUCCUAACCCUAACCCUAAUCCUAACCCUAACCCUAACCCUAACCCUAUCCUAACCCUAACCCUAACCCUAACCCUAACCCUAACCCUAACCCUAACCCUAAUGAGGAAUUGUGAGGACUCUGAUUGCAUCUCUGAUAGAAAGACAUUGUGUAUAUAGAUAACACUUAACAUGUGCUGUUGUCAAUUGUUUGUGCCAUAUACCGGUAUAUCCCUGUGCUAUGCAUUAAUUUGGCUUGUACGACUCGUAUUGCUUUGCAGUUUUAUCAGCAGCUUAUGCAGGGACCCAAAACUUCCUAGUAGUGCAUAGUAUAGCAUGCUUAGCAAAAUUGUAAUAAUUUAAUUCCAGUGCAAAAUACCUGUUAUUUUAUUACUUGCUGUACUGGGUCUGACUUCUUUAUGGUUUUGUGGGUGUUCUUUGAGUUUUCUUUUGCUGCUUUUCACAAUAUUCUACUAGUAAUGGGAGAAACCAGAGAUUUCAAAAUC